ACCAAUAGUAUCCAGUUAGAAGAAGCAAAUCUGGGAAAGGAAGAAUAUCAGAAAAAAAGAAUGUUUCCAAUGAUGGACUUACUUGUUACCACUGCUUGAUCUCUAAUGGACAAUACCAAGGAAUGCCUUUCUUCCUGGACAGGAUGUUGGCAUUCCCAAUGAAUGAAGCUUGUUGUUUCCUUUGGAUUACCUGUGUUUUCACUUCUGCGCUGACUCGGCAAGGAACAGAAAGUUUUCAGUGUGAUAGUGGAGUCUCCUUGCCUCCUGACUGUGUUUGUGACUUCACAGAUCAGUGUGGAGACAACAGUGAUGAACGGCACUGCUCGAAUUAUGAAAGAUGUGAUUUUGAGGAUGGGCUCUGUAGUAUGGCUCAAGAUCAGAGUCUGCAACCUAGCUGGACAAAGAGAAAUGGGAUGACUGGUCUGUUACCUCCAUUUUAUGAUCACAAUGGUGAUAAGUCCGCUCACUUUCUCUCACUGGUUUCCAGAAUGGAUUUUAUUUCCUCAAGUUUAAGAAGCAGAGUUUUCCUUCCGACAAAUGAUCAAUAUGACUGCCAGAUUACAUUUUAUUACUUCUCCAGCCAAGAGAGUGGCAAAUUAAUGGUUGGACUUCAAACUGCAUGUGGAGGUCCUAUUCAGCAUUUACGGCAAAACACAGCUGCACUCCCAAAUCAGUGGAAGAGAAAUGUCAUCAAAAUCCAGAGUUCACAGAGAUUUCAGGUUGUUUUUCAAGGUCAAAUGGCUUCAACUGAUGAACAGGAUAGAGUCAUGGCUAUUGAUGAUAUAUCUUUCAGUUCAGACUGUUUGCCUGCCAAUGAUGGAAUUUUACCAUGUCAAGAAGCAUUGAAUGCUGAGCAGAAACUAUGCCAUCCAGAUACAGACCUCUGCAGAUUUGAUGCUACAUAUGAAGGAUUGAGAUUGUGUCAGGCCUUUGGGUUUGAAUUUGACAUGUGUGAGUGGACGUCAGAAGCAUCUGCUGCCCACAUUUCCUGGAUGCGCACAAAAGCAAGAGAGGUCCCUGCAUUGGAAUCUGCACCUCAGCAGGAUCAAAGAGGUUAUUAUAUAUGGAUAGGGGCAAAGCAUGCUUUUACUGUUAACCAGUUAGACAGCAGGGCUUACCUAAACAGUUCUGCGUAUCACUGCUUGGGCAAGAGCUGUCAUCUUCAAUUCUAUUAUUCUAUGGAAAACAGUGUCCUGAGAGUAAGACUGCAUGAUAAUGAGGAAGAAGAAAUAUUUUGGACAUAUAACGCAUCAACUCACAGCCAAUGGGUGAAAGCAGAUGUGUUAAUACCAGAAGGUCAGAAGACAUUUAAGAUUAUUUUUGAAGGGACUCUUUUGAGCCAGAGAAGUUUUAUUGGGCUUGAUCAUCUCUGGGUCUAUGCCUGUGGACAGACCCAGUCCAGAAAGCUUUGCUCUGCAGAUGAAUUCCCUUGCACUAGUGGCCAAUGCAUCGCCAGUGAAUCCAUCUGUGACUCUCGGCAGGACUGCUCUGAUGGGAGUGAUGAAGAGCCAGCAACUUGCUUAAAGCGUCUCACCUGUGACUUUGAGUCUGGUUUCUGUGGCUGGGAGCCAUUUCUCACAGAAGAUUCACACUGGAAGCUGGCGAAAGGAUUGAAUAAUGGAGAGUACCACUUUCCCGCAGCUGAUCACACAGCAAACAUAAAUCAUGGAUCAUUUAUUUAUUUGGAGGCACAGCAAUCCCCUGGGGUGGCCAAGCUUGGAAGUCCUGUUCUUACAAAAUUGCUCACUGCUUCUACCCCAUGUCAGGUGCAGUUUUGGUAUCAUUUGUCUCAACAUUCACAUCUCUCGGUUUUUACAAGAACGUCUCUAGAUGGAAACUUGCAAAUGCAAGGCAAAACAAUCAGAUCUUCUGAAUCUCAGUGGAGCCAUGCAAAAAUUGAUCUCAUUGCAAAAGCAGAAGACUCGACUCUACCUUUUCAGUUAAUUUUGGAAGCUACUGUUUUGUCAUCAAAUGCUACCGUUGCUCUAGAUGACAUCAGUGUAUCCCAGGAAUGUGAAAUUGUCUAUAAGUCACUUCCAGGCACCAGUACCCAAAGCAAAGGGCCGGACGCAGUGGCUCAAGCCUAUAAUCCCAGCACUUUGGGAGGCCAAGGCGGGUGGAUCACGAAGUCAAGAGAUCGAGACCAUCCUGGUCAACAAGUUUCCAAGUGUGAUUUUGAAGCAAACAGCUGUGGUUGGUUUGAAGCAAUUAGUGGUGACCAUUUUGACUGGGUAUGGAGCUCUCAGAGUGAACUUUCCACUGUUUUUGAGCACCAGGCUCCACCUCAGGAUCAUAGUCUCAACACAUCUCAAGGGCAUUUUAUGUUCAUUCUGAAGGAAAGCAGCAGCUUGUGGCAAGUUGCUAAGCUCCAGAGCCCAACUUACAGCCAGACAGGACCUGGAUGCAUACUUUCCUUCUGGUUCUAUAACUAUGGCUUGUCAGUGGGAGCAGCUGAGCUGCAACUACAUAUGGAAAAAUCUCAUGACUCAACAGUGCUGUGGAGAGUAUUAUACAAUCAGGGCAACCUAUGGUCGAAGGCAAUCAUUCAGCUAGGACGCCUUUCUCAGCCCUUCCACUUGUCACUAGAUAAAGUCAGUCUGGGCAUUUAUGAUGGGGUCUCAGCUAUUGAUGACAUCCGAUGAAAUUGUACUCUCCCCCUUCCUGCUGAGAGCUGUGAAGGGCCGGAUCAUUUCUGGUGUCACCACACCAGGGCUUGCAUAGAAAAGCUUCAGUUAUGUGAUCUGGUGGAUGACUGUGGUGAUCGUACCGAUGAAGUCAACUGUGGUAAGUUCUUCUUGGUUGGGGGAUUCUCUCUCUCAUUUAUAUUGAUGGAGGCUUCAGUGGGAGAUGGCUUCACUGGAGAUAUUGCGAUUGAUGAUCUGUCAUUCAUGGACUGCACCCUCUACCCUGGUAAUUUGCCAGUGGACCUCCCAACUCCACCAGAAACUUCAGUUCCUGUAACAUUACCUCCACACAACUGCACAGACAGUGAAUUUGUCUGCAGGUCUGAUGGUCACUGCAUCGAGAAAAUGCAGAAGUGUGAUUUUAAAUGUGACUACCCUGACAAAUCAGAUGAAGCAUCCUGUGUUAUGGAAGUUUGCAGCUUUGAGAAAGGAAGCCUGUGUAAAUGGUAUCAACCAAUCGCAAUACAUUUACUUCAAGAUUCAAACACAUUCAGGUGGGGACUUGGGAAUGGGAUUAGCAUUCAUCACGGGGAAGAAAACCACAGGCCAUUGGUGGAUCAUACAAAAAAUACCACAGAUGGCUGGUACUUGUAUGCUGACAGUUCUAAUGGGAAAUUUGGUGACACGGCUGACAUUCUUACUCCUGUCAUUUCACUCACGGGACCAAAAUGUACCUUGGUGUUCUGGACACAUAUGAAUGGGGCCACCGUUGGUUCUCUCCAGGUACUCAUCAAGAAAGGCAACAUUACUUCUAAAUUGUGGGCUCAAACUGGACAGCAAGGUGCACACUGGAAGAGAGUAGAAGUAUUUUUAGGCAUUCAGUCACAUACACAGAUUGUCUUCAGGGCCAAACGUGGUAUCAGUUACAUAGGAGAUGUAGCAGUGGAUGAUAUUUCCUUCCAAGAUUGUUCCCCUUUGCUUAGCCCAGAGAGAAAAUGUACUGCUCAUGAAUUCACGUGUGCUAAUAAGCACUGCAUUGCAAAAGACAAGCUGUGUGAUUUUGUGAAUGAUUGUGCGGAUAAUUCAGAUGAGACUACUUUAAUUUGCCGUACCUCCAGUGGGCGCUGUGAUUUCGAAUUUGAUCUUUGUUCCUGGGACCAGGAGAAAGAUGAGGACUUUGACUGGAAUCUGAAAGCUAGCAGCAUCCCUGCAGCAGGCACAGAGCCAGCGGCAGAUCACACUUUGGGAAAUUCAUCUGGUCAUUACAUCUUCAUACAGAGUUUAUUCUCUCAGCAGCCCAUGAAAGCAGCCAGAAUUUCAAGCCCCAUUAUAAGUAAGAGAAGCAAAAACUGCAAGAUUAUUUUUCAUUAUCAUAUGUAUGGAAAUGGCAUUGGGGCACUCACCUUAAUGCAGGUGUCAGUCACAAACCAAACAAAGGUUCUACUUAACCUCACUGUGGAACAAGGCAAUUUCUGGCAGAGGGAAGAAUUGUCGCUGUUUGCUGAUGAAGACUUCCAACUCAAAUUUGAAGGUAGAGUUGGAAAAGGUCAGCGUGGUGACAUUGCACUUGAUGACAUUGUACUUACAAAGAAUUGUCUAUCACUCCAUGAAUCCGUGCAAGAAGAACUAGCAUCGCCUCUUCCAACAGGUUUCUGCCCACUUGGCUAUUGGGAAUGUCAGAGUGGCAAAUGCUAUAGACUGGAAGAAAGAUGUGACUUCAUAGAUGACUGUGGAGACAAUACAGACGAAAAUGAGUGUGGUAGCUCCUGUACUUUCGAAAAAGGCUGGUGUGGCUGGCAGAACUCCCUGGCUGACAGCUUUGAUUGGGUUUUAGGGGUUGGCUCCCAUCAAAGCUUUAGACCUCCCAAAGACCACACACUUGGAAAUGAAAAUGGGCACUUCGUGUAUCUGGAGGCUACUCCAGUGGGCCUUCGGGGUGACAAAGCACACUUCAGGAGUGCCGUGUGGCGAGAAUCUAGUGCAGCCUGCACCAUGAGCUUCUGGUAUUUCAUAUCUACAAAGGCCACAGGGUCCAUUCAGGUUCUCAUCAAGACAGAGAAAGGACUAUCAAAAGUAUGGGAAGAAAGUAAGCAGAACUCUGGCAGUCGUUGGCAAAAGGCUGAUAUCCUCCUAGGAAAAUUAAGGAAUUUUGAAGUCAUAUUUCAAGGUAUCAGAACAAGGGAUCUAGGAGGAGGAGCUGCAAUUGAUGAUAUUGAAUUUAAAAACUGCACAACUGUGGGAGAGAUCUCUGAGAUUUGUCCGGAAACCACUGAUUUUUUGUGCCGGGACAAGAAGUGUAUUGCAUCCCACCUUGUUUGUGACUAUAAACCAGAUUGCUCGGACAGGUCUGAUGAGGCUCACUGUGCACUGUAUACAAGCACAACAGGAAGCUGCAAUUUUGAAACAAGUCCAGGAAACUGGACCACAGCCUGCAGUCUUACUCAAGACUCUGAGGAUGACUUGGAUUGGGCCAUUGGCAGCAGAAUUCCUGCCAGAGCAUUGAUUCCAGACUCUGAUCACACACCAGGUAGUGGUCAGCACUUCCUGUACGUCAACUCAUCUGUCUCCAAGCAAGGAUCCAUUGCCAGAAUUACUACCUCCAAAGACUUCCCAGCAAGCCUCGGCAUGUGUACUGUUCGGUUCUGGUUCUACAUGGUCGAUCCCAGGAGUAUGGGAAUAUUAAAGGUGUAUACCAUUGAAGAAUCAGGGCUAAACAUCCUGGUGUGGUCAGUGAUUGGAAAUGAAAGAACAGGAUGGACAUAUGCAUAUGCACCUCUCUCCAGUAACAGUCCAUUCAAGGUGGCAUUUGAAGCUGAUUUGGAUGGAAAUGAGGACAUCUUUAUUGCUCUUGAUGACAUCUCUUUUACCCCAGAGUGUGUGACUGGAGGUCCUGUCACAGUGCAGCCAUCACCCUGUGAAGCUGAUCAGUUUUCUUGUAUCUACACACUCCACUGUGUCCCUCUCUCAGGGAAAUGUGACAGACAUGAAGACUGCAUAGACGGAUCUGAUGAAAUGGAUUGUCCUCUCAGCCCCACCCCUCCACUCUGUAGUAACAUGGAGUUCCUGUGCUCUACAGAUGAAUGUAUCCCUUCCCUCCUGCUAUGCGAUGGGGUGCCCGACUGCCACUUUAAUGAAGAUGAACUCGUUUGCUCCAACAGAAGCUGUUCUAAUGGAGCUCUGGUAUGUGCCUCCUCUAACAGCUGUAUCCCAGCCCACCAGCGCUGUGAUGGUUCUGCCGACUGCGUGGAUUUUCAGCUCGAUGAGUCCAGCUGCUCAGAAUGUCCAUUAAAUUACUGCAGAAAUGGUGGGAUUUGUGUAGUGGAGAAGAAUGGUCCUGUGUGUCGAUGUGGACAAGGAUGGAAAGGAAAUAGAUGCCAUGUCAAGUUUAAUCCCCCUGCAGACUUCACAUACUCUCGGAGCAAUAUAUGGAUCCUCCUGGGUGUUGGAUUAGCAUUCCUGAUGACUCAUAUCACAGUUGCAAUCUUGUGUUUCCUUGCAAACAGAAAGCUGCCAGUAAGGAAAACAGAGGGAAGUGGUAACUGUGCCUUUGUCAAUCCAGUUUACGGGAACUGGAGUGACCCAGAGAAAACAGAGAAUUCUGUCUAUUCCUUCUCAAAUCCAUUAUAUGACAGAACACCAGGAGGCCUGGAGACCAUGGCAGAUCCUCUCAAACAGCAACAUCGAGACCAAGUCUGAUCCGACAUGUGUAGUUUCCAAAAAAUGGCAGUCUCCCCAAUCUGAUAGAAACUCAUCUUCUACAAUGGUAAAAAGAGAAAGGAUUCAAAAUCCCAGUGUAAUUAUAACAUUUUUGAAUACAUUUUCUUACAGAAUAUAAAGAAUGUUUAUAUGGAAUCAGAAUCAGUACCUUGUCUGCAUUGAACAUCUGAAUAUUUUAAUAAAAUUUCAACUUAAUCUA